AUGUCGUUGAACAGAUUCAAAGAGACCCUGAAGCCUUGCAAGAACCUAUCAUCAUCCUCAUCCUCUACAUCAGUUUCUUAUUUUUCACAAACUUCUUCAAUUUCCAACCAAUUUGACCCAACAGUGAACACUAGAAAACCCCCCAAAUCUUCUCUCUCUCAGCAGCUUUCGCGCCUCCAAGACCCCCUUUCUUUGCCCCAAAGCCAAUCACAAAGACAAGAAAAAGAGUCCCAAGUUGAAAUUGAAGCUAAAGAUGAAGACGAAGAGGAAGACAAGCAAGAAGGGUUUGGGAGACCCAGAUUGGAUCAUUUUCAGUUUGAUCACACAGGGCCCUAUGAACCAUUGGUUCUUUCUUCACCGGGCGAAAUCCCAGUGAUACAGGUCCCAGCGUCUAUAAAUUGUAGGCUUCUGGAACAUCAAAGAGAAGGGGUGAAGUUUUUGUAUAACUUGUAUAAGAAUUACCAUGGAGGUGUUCUUGGAGAUGAUAUGGGACUAGGGAAGACUAUACAGACCAUUGCUUUCCUUUCUGCUGUGUUUGGAAAGGAUGGAGAGUUAGGUGAUUCAGCAUCACUCAAGGGAGGUCAGUUUGGGAAGAAGGGACCUGUACUAAUAGUUUGCCCUACUUCAGUUAUUCACAACUGGGAGAAGGAAUUCUCUAACUGGGCAACGUUCAGUGUUUCUGUUUACCAUGGUGCAAACCGUGAUUUGAUUAUGGAGAAAUUGGAAGCACAUGGCGUUGAGAUACUUGUGACCAGUUUUGAUACAUAUAGAAUUCAUGGUAGCAUUUUAUCAGAGGUUCAGUGGGAUGUUGUGAUUGUUGAUGAGGCACACCGGCUUAAGAAUGAAAAGUCAAAACUUUACGGAGCGUGUUUAGAGAUCAAAACCCAAAAAAGGUAUGGACUCACAGGAACCAUAAUGCAAAACAAAAUUAUGGAACUUUUUAAUCUCUUUGACUGGGUCAUACCAGGAUGUCUGGGAACACGUGAACAUUUUCGCGAAUUCUAUGAUGAACCCCUCAAACAUGGCCAGAGGUCAACUGCUCCUGAAAAAUUUGUCCGGGUUGCUGACGAGCGAAAACAGCACUUGGUGUCAGUUCUGCGGAAAUAUCUACUGAGAAGGACAAAGGAGGAGACCAUUAGUCAUCUUAUGAUGGGGAAGGAGGAUAAUGUUGUUUUCUGUGCCAUGAGUGAGUUGCAAAAACGGGUUUACCAGAGGAUGUUACACCUGCCUGAGAUCCAAUGCCUUAUCAACAAAGACCUCCCAUGUAGUUGUGGGAGCCCACUAAAGCAAGUUGAAUGUUGCAAAAGGACUGUUCCAAAUGGAAUCAUCUGGCCUUACCUUCACAGGGAUAAUCCAAAUGGUUGUGACUCUUGCCCCUUUUGCCUUGUGCUACCUUGCCUUGUCAAGCUUCAACAGAUAAGCAAUCACCUGGAGCUCAUCAAACCCAACCCCAGGGAUGACCCUGAUAAACAGAAGAAGGAUGCAGAGUUUGCCUCCGCUGUCUUUGGUAGUGACAUUGAUUUGGUGGGCGGAUACACCCAGAAUGAGAGUUUUAUGGGGCUGAGCGAUGUUAAACAUUGUGGGAAAAUGAGAGCUUUGGAAAAACUGAUGCUCUCUUGGGUUUUGCGGGGGGAUAAGAUUCUUCUAUUCAGUUACUCUGUAAGGAUGCUGGACAUACUGGAGAAGUUCAUUAUACGCAAAGGAUAUUGCUUCUCAAGACUUGAUGGUUCUACUCCUACUGGCUUGCGGCAGUCUCUCGUUGAUGACUUCAAUUCGAGUCCGAGCAAGCAGGUCUUCCUUAUAUCAACUCGAGCUGGUGGGCUUGGAUUGAAUCUUGUCAGUGCAAAUCGAGUAGUAAUAUUCGACCCGAACUGGAAUCCUGCUCAGGACUUGCAGGCACAGGACAGGUCAUUUCGUUUUGGGCAGAAGCGGCAUGUUGUUGUUUUUCGACUGCUUGCAGCUGGUUCUCUUGAGGAACUUAUUUACUCCCGGCAGGUGUAUAAACAGCAGCUAUCAAACAUUGCUGUUUCUGGAAAAAUGGAAAAAAGAUAUUUUGAAGGUGUUCAGGAUUGCAAGGAAUUUCAAGGCGAGCUUUUUGGAAUCUGCAAUCUAUUUCGUGAUUUGUCUGACAAGCUUUUCACUAGUGAAAUCAUUGAAUUACAUGAAAAGCAAGGUCAGGAAAAUGAGCACCAUCAGAAUGCAAAACAGGAUUUGACUGAUCUUGGGAUGUAUUUUGUUCCUUCAAAAAUAGCAACCGAAACAACUGUGUCGGCAUCUGAAACCAGUAAGCCUAGCAAAGUGGAGAGAAAUCAAGCCGCGAAACCAGUGCUGGAAGAGAUGGGUAUUGUAUAUGCUCAUCGUAACGAAGAUAUUGUCAACUUUGGGCAUGGGCUCCAAGGAAAGAAAGAUCUGAGCAUGUCUCAGGAAACCUUGAGGCAAACAUACUCCCCCACUGUUGGAAGAAGGAAAACAGAUACAAUAGAUGGGAAGGAGAAUACAGGUUCGACCAAGAUGCAGAAGAAGGGGCAGUAUAGCCGCCUUGCUCAGUUCAUGGGCAUGGGAGAGGUCGAAUUUAGCAAAUGGUUAUUGUCAGCGACUCCUUUAGAACGGGAGAAAGUGCUUCGAGGCUACAAGAGGAGGAAGGAGAAGAUGCCUGAUGGCUGAAUAGUUUCUUCCCUUGCUUGUUGACAGAAUAUUUGUGAUUUGUACAGUACCAUAUCAUGUACAUAGAUCUUCACCUCUUGUAAUUUAGAAAAGCCAAUUAACUGUAGGAUUUUCUGGUUCUCUCAGACUUACCCUGGUAUCAUGUACUUAUAGGUUAAG